UCUCUCUAGAUCUUCUAGUGUCUCUAAGGAUUAUAAGAAUUCUAGAUCUUUUCGUGUGCAUUUAGUCGGAAAAGAAAAAGAAAAAUUAUCUUGAAAAUCGAGACCCUCGUUUGCUUGAGCGAAAUCUAUAACCAUGGCUGAUUUUCAUUUGGUCCCAGAGUUAACACGGCACCGCCACACUGUACCAGCCAUAUCCGAUGAUUUCUACAACUAUAUGAAGUUGAUAAAUAAAACUGACCCGGAAAUCAUGUCUAAACUUUUGCCUAUUUUACGCACAAUACCAGACUCCGGCAUCCAACUCGUUAAUACCAAGUUCACAAAUUAUGCAAUUUGGAUUAAAAAACAGAGUCGGAGGGAAAAGAUAACUUUGGACAAACAGUACGCUGUUUUGCAAUAUGAUGAAGAACAUGAAAUAGUUUGGGCUGUCAUAGCAGCGAAGUUGUUGAGUAUUGUAAAACAUAGACCGGAGAGCAUCUUAACUGAUUACUCAGCCCAAUAUAUGCUUGAUUUCGCUCCUCGCCCGAAAAAGGCGCAGAUAAAACAUCAGCGUACUUGUUGCAAACCUCUUAGUGUACUGGAUGGGCUGAAGUAUGGAUUGAAAAAUAACUUACCCAGAGAACAAGAUUGGAAAUAUGCAGGAUGUAGGGAUAUUUGCAAACCAACGGGCCUUUCACUCUUCCGCAUGGUAGGAGACUUGAGACCAACAAAAAGACUGAGCGCUGCUUUGUCCGCAUUGAGAAUGAUACCUGUUGCGGCUCAGUUGCAUGUAUUUGAGCCAGAUAUUGACAUCGUUGGAAAUGAAAUUUAUCGUGGACCAAAGUAUUUUGAGUCUAAGUACGUGGGACUUAGAGAUGUGAUGAUUUAUGCUACUGACAUAGUGGAUGAGGAGCUGGUUGCGGUGGUAAACUUCCCUUACAAAAGAUUGAAAGAAUUGCGUGUCUUGCUAGAUGUGAUGCUAGUCCAGACACCAAGAGAGGAUGAAACUAAUGAUCCCUUCGAAGAACUGGAAAAUCCCACUUGUUUGCUUACAAAAUUCUGCAUCUUACUAUGACCAUAACAUCCACACUACUCCCCAUAUGGUGUUUUCAUACAGUUCUCUGUGAUAUUGUCGACGACGUGUUCUACUGCUUAUUUUUCUAAACUAGUUUUUGUAAUGGAUUUUCUUGUAUUUCCUAAAUUUGAGAACCUUGAAGUUUGCAUGUUAUUCUGGAACUUUUCUAAGGGUUUUUUGUGUUAAUAUUCAUAACAUAAUUCUGAUGUAUCAGUUUGAUCAUACAUUAUUGUCGAGAUUUUUCCAGUUGAAAGUCUGAUUCUGAAACUU